AUGUUACGCAAUACGAAAAUAGAUAGGAGUUGUAAAUGUAAAUUAAAAACUGAUUUAAAAUAUUUAACUGCGGUCCCUGGAUGCUCAGAUGACUUGGCCGCGGUGACGUCGCUGCCACAAGAAUGGACACCUCGUCGUGGCGGACCUACUCUUAAGAAAUACCUUGAAAAGCGAGAGCAAGAUCAUAAUAAUGUAAUUUCCGAUAUAAAAAGGGAAGCCAAUGCUGUCAACGUUGACAUAGAUGCUCAAGUAAGGUCACUAGCUGAAGUACUUCUUGCAGACAUCAAAAAACACCAACAAGAUAUUGAAUGUAAACUAAUAGAAUCAAAACCAGUUGAUGUACUGAGUCUCGAACGUCGUAACGAUUGUUUUAAGCUUAUUACUGGAGUAUUUUCAAGUUGGACACAAAGCCUUGUUCAGUUUAAGCAGGAAGCACUUGGAUUAGAAAGGCAGCGUCUUGAUGGACUCAAAAGCGUUCUCAAGAAACAGUUUCAGAAUUUAGUCGAAGUAGGACAUAAAUCUCCCAAAGAUUUACUUCAUGAUUUCGAUGAACGUAUGUACGCAAUUAAUCAGCAGCUGAUAAGCAAUUGCCGUGCUUACACAGAAUUAGAGGCUCAGUUGCGGAACCAAGCCGACACCUAUAUCAUUCGUAUAAGGUCCUCACUUAAUGAGAUGUGUUUGGAAAAAACAUCCUAUAUUAGAGGAAGAAGUGCUCUGCCCUGGAUGAAUGAGUCAAUACAACGGACACGGUCUUCUAGCUUAGAGCUGGAGACGAUAAAAAAAACAUCAGGCGCUUCUCCUGGCACAAAUAUGGAGGAAUUUAAGGGAUAUGUAGCUCAUUUAGUGCAGGCAUACAGAGCGGCGAUUAUAAAACUUUGUACAGACUUUAGCGGCCAACUCAAAAAUUUGCAAGAAGAAAUCGAUAAUUACCUAUAUGUUGAGAAACCACGCAAAUCUGUGUUAUCAAAAAUACAAACAACAAUUGAUCAAGCUUUUGAUAAAUUUUCAAAUAGUUUCACAGAGAGCAAAGUGCGCAUUGAAAAAUUGCUUCUUGAUAUUGCAUUUAAUGACGUCGUCAAUAUGCAAAAAAGUUUGUAUCAUUUUGGAGAUCGUCUCCAAAGCACGUAUUUGAUCCUACACGACGCCAGCUAUUUGUGGGAUGACCACAUAUUACGGUCCGCGCUUGCUCAGAAACUUAUUAUUACAGGUGUUGAAGAUAUGAUGACGGCUCACGAUUCUAUAGAACAAGCUAAUGAGGUCGUAUUCAAUAUUGGCUUAGAGCAGCUACAAGUCGCCUCUGAUGUUGAUAAGCUUCAGCAACUAUUUGAUAAUUUAAAAACUAUGCUGAAUAAAAUUGAGGAAGUCUACCAACAGAAUUAUGAAAUGGAGGUUAAAAAGAUUGAGGAAUAUAUGAACCUGCCACUUCUAAUGACUAAUAUUAUGCUAGCGGAAUAUGAGUGCUUCUUUGAAAAAUAUCCAAAGUGUCCUUUAAACUCCGACCAAAGUUUGAAUAGUUCGCCAGACUUAGUUUCCCCGAGACGGCAAACUUUAAUCUCGUUGAGAGCUCCUCUUCCCCGUGUGGUUUUACAAACACAUUUACAAGAUGUUGCUCUAUAUAAUUGGAGAAAUGGAUUUCUAGAGUCCUUACGAAAUAACGUACCAUUGGUCCCGGAAAAGAUUAAUUGUCAGGCCCGUAGGUGGAUCGAUGAGCGAACAAUGCAAGUGAACAUGCGUUACUCAUUAAAGCUUAUGUCUCAUAGCGUGAGGCUGGAACGUCUCAAAGCCGCGCGUGAGGCACGUUUGGCUGACUUGAAGUCUCACGAAUAUAUUCUAGCGUCUCACUUGACUGCUAUGAAUAAACUUGUGGAGAAACUGCCGAUAGAAAUAGCUGGAUAUUUAGGACUAGAUUCACCGGAAUUAUAUCCGCUAACGUAUUGGGCCGGUAAAAUUCAGUCUGAUUUGGAUCAGUUGUUAGCCAGCGACCCUGAUCCAGAAAAGAAGAGAUUAAAGAUGAGCAGUUACGCCCCUCGCCUUUUGAUGUAUCGGCGUAAUUUUGAAGAGUCUUUAGACAACGCUAUUGAGAAGUAUAAAAAGAAUAUUCAACACCGUCUCCAGUCAGCUCGUAUUGCGACGUUUCAUUUGGUUUCGGAUAUAAAAUUACCAGUGGAAGGCGGGAGCUAUUCAGCAUCAGAGGCGGUUAAAGCCACUGCAGCGGUUAUGAAAGCUUGUGAUGCAUUCGAGGUGUGCGCUCAUCGUAGCAUGGACCUUGUACAUCAAAGACGACAGCACAUUAUGGUGAUGGCAGAUCAGCUUCUUAGUCCUCUGAACCGUGUUGUUGAUGAAGUAUUUAAGGUCAAUAAGAAUAAACUGGCGGCUCCGACGAAAAAGAGAUAA